GUGCCCCCCGGGUGGGGCCGGGCCGGGCCGAGCCCGCCCCGCGCCGCCUUUGGGCCUCGCGGGGACCCGUAGCGGGCUCGCGUGGGCCGCGGCCUUGCCUCGCCGUGGAGCCCGGCGCCUGAGCUGGGGCUGGAAACAAACGGGAGCCGUUCCCUUGACGGACUGAGUUUCUCCCCCCCCUUCCCGCCGGACGUGCACAGCAAGGAAAAAUGCUGAGAAGUCUGAAAGGGCUUGUCUGCCAUCCUCUGAAGUUGGACCAUGGAUAUGCUCUCCAUACAGCAGCCAAAGAUUGCUUAAGUUCUGUCCUCAGCCAGGAUGUCCAAAUCCCAGCAGAAAGACCAAGAGCAGUUUUCUAUACCAACGAGACCGACCCGGCCAACCACACAGAACACCAUGAGGGUCGCCACUAUAGCAUUCCUCUUGAGGAGGUGAAAGCUGUUUUUCCACAUGGACUGCCCUACCGUUUCCAGCAGCAGGUGAAGACCUUCAAUGAAGCCUGCCUGAUGGUGCGAAAACCAGCUUUAGAACUUUUCACUUACCUGAAAAACUCCAACUUUGCCCACCCAGCUGUCAGAUAUGUGAUCUAUGGUGAGAGAGGAACAGGGAAAACCAUGACCCUGUGCCAUGUGGUUCACUACUGCGCGAGGCAAGGCUGGCUGGUGCUGCACAUCCCAGAUGCUCAUCUCUGGGUGAAAAACUGCAAGGAGCUUAUGCAGUCUUCCUAUAAAAGGGAGCGGCUUGAUCAGCCUUUGCAAGCAUCUUCCUGGCUCAAGAACUUCAAAACCUCAAAUGAGCACUUUCUAAAAGAGAUAAAAACACAACAAAAAUAUGUGUGGGGCAAACGAGAAAGUACGGAGCAGGGCAGACCACUGGGUGAAGUGGUAGAACAGGGUUUAGCUCGAGUGAGGAGUGCCAGCGAUGCUGUAGGGGUGGUGCUGAAAGAGAUAAAGCAGCAAUGUCAUCUUGGUUCGUUUAGAGUUCUCGUGGCAGUGGACGGAGUCAACGCGCUCUGGGGAAGGACUACAUUAAAAAAAGAAGACAAAAGCCCUGUUUCUCCAGAGGAGCUGACACUAGUGUACAACCUAAGGAAGAUGAUGAUGAAUAACUGGAAUGGAGGUGCUAUUGUGACAACACUUAGCCAGACUGGCUCUCUAUUCAAACCAAGUUCUGCAUAUUUGCCCCAUGAGUUACUAGGAAAGGAGGGAUUCGACGCUUUGGAUCCUUUUGUCCCUGUCCUAGUUUCCAACUACAGCCAGCGGGAAUUUGAGAGCUGCUACCAUUACUACCUCCAUCGGAAAUGGCUUCAGCACGAGCAAGCGCGCACGGAGGCCGGCAAGGAGGAGCUGCGCUUCCUGAGCGGCUCCAACCCGCAGCAGCUGGAGCGCCUGGCGGGGCCGCUGUAGCGCCAUCAAUAAAGGGCGGAGCCGGUCUCGG